CUUCUAGUCCACAUCCUGUAGAUGGAUGGCUAAGGAGAGGCGGAACAAGGAGAUACCAGGAAAUGAAAUUGUAGAAUCCCAGGCUGCAGAGAUAACAGGAUGCUCCACUGCACUUAACAGGAAAACACGCUUUUGCUUUUCAUGAAAAUAGUGAGAUGGCAGAUAGUUACUUUGGACCUGUUGGUAAUGAUGGCCUGAGCUAAACACCUCCUCAUUUGAAGGGGACACCUGUCCGUGUUAAAGCACAGAAUGCUGAGGAAGCUGUGGCAAGUAUGUGCUCCAUUGUUUUGGCAAGGGAAAACUCAGGUGAUUGGAGUUGUGCUUCAAAAAUUUCAGCAGUUCAACAGUAUUUUAUCUGCCAACAAAAAGCUCUUUACUUGAUUGCACCAUGAAAAAGCUGCUAAUGAGACUUGAGCAUAAAAACGGACCUGAAGAACCAAAAGCCAUUGUUUUCAAAUGAAGAAUACAGAACAGUUUUAAGCCUCAAUGCUUUGUAAUCACCACUAAGAUUUUCUCCAUAACAUCAGAAUGGCAAGCAGGCGAAAAUCAACAACACCCUGCAUGGUCCUUGCCAGUGAACAGGAUCCAGACCUCGAGUUGAUAUCAGAUUUGGAUGAUGGACCUCCUGUACUCACGCCUGUAGAAAACACCGGAGCAGAGAGCAUCUCAAGUGAUGAAGAAGUUCAUGAAUCUGUGGAUUCUGACAAUCAGCAAAAUAAAAAAGUUGAAGGUGGCUAUGAAUGUAAAUAUUGUACUUUUCAAACUCCAGACCUAAAUAUGUUUACUUUUCAUGUGGAUUCAGAACAUCCCAAUGUAGUGCUAAAUUCCUCCUAUGUUUGUGUCGAAUGUAAUUUUCUUACCAAAAGGUAUGAUGCACUUUCGGAGCAUAAUCUGAAGUACCACCCAGGAGAAGAGAAUUUUAAGUUGACUAUGGUGAAACGAAAUAACCAGACAAUCUUUGAACAAACCAUAAACGAUCUGACUUUUGAUGGUACUUUUGUUAAAGAGGAGAACUCAGAGCCAGCUGAAUCUACAGAAGUUUCCUCUUCGGGAAUACCUAUCAGUAAAACUCCCAUCAUGAAAAUGAUGAAAAAUAAAGUGGAGAACAAACGGAUUACAGUCCAUCAUAACUCAGUAGAAGAUGUUCCUGAAGAGAAAGAGAAGGAAGUCAAACCAGAUCAUGAAGAAAGUGUGGAAAGUCCAAGUUCUUCGGCUUCUGAGUCUAAUACCAGUACUUCCGUUGUCAACAGAAUGCACCCGAGCACUGCGAGCACGGUCGUGACCCCAGCAGCAGUUCUUCCCGGAUUAGCACAGGUGAUAACUGCCGUGUCAGCUCAGCAGAAUUCCCAUUUGAUUCCCAAAGUCUUAAUCCCUGUUAAUAGCAUUCCUACCUACAAUGCCGCAUUGGAUAACAACCCCCUUUUGCUUAACACCUACAACAAAUUCCCUUAUCCAACGAUGUCAGAAAUUACUGUUCUUUCUGCUCAAGCAAAAUACACAGAGGAACAGAUCAAGAUAUGGUUUUCAGCCCAACGUCUAAAACAUGGUGUGAGCUGGACUCCUGAGGAAGUAGAAGAGGCAAGAAGAAAGCAAUUCAAUGGAACAGUACACACUGUGCCUCAGACCAUAACUGUUAUUCCGACACACAUUUCCACAGGGAGUAAUGGCUUACCAUCCAUUUUACAGACAUGCCAAAUAGUCGGUCAGCCAGGCCUGGUCCUGACACAAGUAGCUGGAACAAAUACCUUGCCGGUAACAGCACCAAUAGCCUUGACAGUGGCAGGGGUGCCAAGUCAAAGCACUGUACAGAAAAGUCAGGCCCCCGCUGCCCAGCCUACUGCAGAAACAAAGCCAGCAACAGCAGCAGUCCCAACUUCUCAGCUUGUCAAACAUGAAACCACAUUGGCGAACCCUGAUUCAUUUGGCAUUCGGGCAAAAAAGACUAAAGAACAACUGGCAGAAUUAAAAGUCAGCUACCUUAAAAAUCAGUUUCCCAAUGACUCAGAAAUUAUCAGACUUAUGAAAAUCACAGGCCUGACAAAAGGAGAGAUUAAAAAAUGGUUUAGCGACACAAGGUACAACCAGAGAAAUUCAAAGAGUAAUCAGUGCUUACAUCUCAACAAUGAUUCGUCCACCACCAUUAUUAUAGACUCCAGUGAUGAAACCACGGAAUCCCCCACUGCUGUUACUUCGCAGCACAAACAAUCCUGGAACCCUUUCCCCGACUUUACUCCCCAAAAGUUUAAAGAGAAGACAGCAGAGCAGCUUCGGGCCCUUCAGGCAAGUUUUCUCAACAGCUCCGUACUGACAGAUGAAGAAUUAAAUAGGUUAAGAGCGCAAACCAAACUGACCAGGAGGGAAAUUGAUGCUUGGUUUACAGAGAAGAAGAAAUCGAAAGCUUUAAAGGAAGAGAAAAUGGAAGUAGAUGAAACGAAUGCAGGCAGUUCCAAAGAAGAAGCGGGAGAAAGUUCUCCUGGAGAUGAAUCUGGUGCACCUAAGUCAGGGAAUACAGGCAAGAUAUGUAAAAAAACACCGGAGCAGUUGCACAUGCUCAAAAGUGCAUUUGUCCGAACACAGUGGCCGUCACCAGAAGAGUAUGACAAGUUGGCCAAAGAAAGUGGGCUUGCUAGAACAGACAUAGUUAGUUGGUUUGGGGAUACCCGUUAUGCUUGGAAAAAUGGAAACUUAAAAUGGUACUACUACUAUCAAAGCGCCAAUUCAAGUAGUAUGAAUGGUCUGUCUUCCCUUAGGAGAAGGGGAAGAGGGAGACCCAAAGGAAGGGGAAGAGGAAGGCCUCGUGGGCGGCCUAGAGGAGGCAAGAGAAUGAACAACUGGGACAGGGGCCCAUCACUCAUAAAAUUUAAAACUGGAACUGCAAUACUUAAGGAUUAUUACCUGAAGCACAAGUUUCUUAAUGAACAAGACCUUGAUGAACUUGUUAACAAAUCACAUAUGGGCUAUGAACAGGUCAGAGAGUGGUUUGCCGAAAGACAGAGAAGAUCGGAGUUAGGUAUAGAAUUAUUUGAGGAAAAUGAUGAGGAAGAUGAAGUUAUUGAUGAUCAGGAAGAGGAUGAAGAAGAAACAGAUGACAGUGACACUUGGGAACCCCCACAACAUGUGAAGCGGAAGCUUUCUAAGUCAGAUGACUGAAAUCUGCCUAAAACAUUGGAGGAGAAUCAAUUCUUCAACUCAAGCUGUCUGAUUUACUGUGAAUGGGCCCACAAUCUUUAAUGACACUGAAAACCUUUGGGAGCAUAAACAUUCUCAGAAAAUAGGAUCCAGUACCCAAAAGAAAUGGAGCUUAAUGUUGUGCCAAAGUUAAACUACUGCAGCUGGUGAAAGUUCUGCAAUGUAAAUAGAACACUAAUUAAAAAAAACUUGUAAAAAUUCAAAUUUUAAUACAUUUUUAUUCUGAUAUGAUGGAGACAUUCUGAUUCUUAGACUUUCUGAGGGGGUUUAAUGACCACUAGAGCUUGUCCUCAUAUUUUGUCCAGCGUAAUACUGUAUGUCUAGUGAGAUGGGCCUUAUUGUCUGUAUUCUUUGACAUGUUAUUAAACUUAUAACUUUGAGUGACCAAAUAUUUCCCAGAAUAAAAAUUGUUAGAAACAGGCAAAAGAAAAACCUGAUUUAUUUCUGUGUCUUAUUUAUCAGGCCCUGCAUGAAGAUUAAAAGUUAUGCAUGGGCUUAUACAUUUUCAAUGUAAGUGAAAAUACAGCCUUUUGACAUAUGUUGGAACAAUGAGAUUUUGUGGUAUCAUUGGUCCUUAAUGAUUGGAUCUUUCAUGGACACCACUGUUAAUACUUGUAAUGCUUUUGUUACUUUUUUUCAUUCGAAGCUGAAUUUGCUUUUUAUUAAACUGAAGAUAUCAACACUGAAGAAGGAAAAGAACCUGGUAUAAGAAUUUGGAUAGGGUGAAACUGAAAUAAAUUCUGUACCAAUCAUAUGGAAAUCAGAAAUGUUCGUACAGGUACCAGAUCAGAAUUUUCAAGAAUUAAAAUGGAAUUUCUGUCAGUGAAAUUCCACUUGUAUCAAUUUCAGUGACUAGAGAAAAAGUUCUGAACUGAUCACGAAUUAAAUGUUAGCUUUUCAGGAGUCCGAAAGUUCCUACUAACUUAUAUAAACUUUGUAAAGACCGGUGCUGUUCAUUCAUGUUGAGAAGGACCCUUUCCUUUGUGACUAUAGGACCAUUUUUCAAAGUGUGCUUUCUUCAUAGAAGAAAUGUUCAGUUCAAUUAGCUUUGUAUUUUAUUUUAUUUAUUUUUAAUUUUUUUUAAUUCCUCACCUGAGGACAUGC